AUGUCUUCUCUGGGAACUUCAAAGGGAAUUCUAGAGAUCGCAAAGUUUGGGCUCUACGUCUCCGUCCCCAUCGUUCUUAUGUACACCUUCGCCAACAACACCACGAAUCUCCAGAGAUUCAUGGGAAACCAUUCUUAUGUUGUGUAUCCACCUGAAGCGCCGAGACCUCCGUCACCAGAGGAAAUGAGAGAGAUGGCGCGAGAACUAGCUAGGAAGAACAAUGCCCGUUGA